AUGGUCAAGCAUCUUGUUGGUGCAGAUAGCAAGAAGAUUGGUGGUCAUGAUUUGCUCCGCGAAGUGGUCCGUGAGCCGUCUAGCUCACCUGUUGAGAGGCAAAGAGAUGCAGAUUUUCCUCUCCAAAGUUCAGGUCACUUAUACCAGUCGAAGAGUGGAGGUCGAUGUGGGAGGUCUGCUCACUCAACCAACCAUCAUGAUCCAACUGUUGAGUCACGUGUAGUCAAGCAUGGAGUUGAUUCGUCGCCGCAAAUUCUUUUGGAAGCGAAAGGUUCUUCUGCAACGUCAGGGGUUGAUCCAAAGGUGGACCAGUCUAGCUCUGCAGGGGAUGCGGGCGUGUCUGAUUUGCUCAAGAUGCACUUUCUAUCAAGUCCAUCCUCUUGUGCUGAGCUGGUUGAUCAAAUCCGUCAGGCUGGCGAUCCUGGUACUUUUUCAAGUCUUUCCUUAGAAAAACAAAGGGAAGCAACACUUCAUCUACUUCAAAAAGGAGUAGUUUUUGCUGCUGAGACCAUUUGGAACUGGUCUGCUGUUGCCCCAUCUUCUGCUCAGCACAGUGAGUUGGAGAAGAAGAAUGCCAAGCUAGUUAGCAAACUUUCUACCGAGCAGACCCGUUAUGAGAAGAAGACGUCUGAUUUGCGGGCGAUGAUAUCUGAGCUCAAGAGUUCCUUUGCUGAGAAGGAUUCUGAGCUUAACUCUUCCGCUGCUGACUUGGCAAGUCGAAAAGAUGCUUACUUCCACCUUGAGCGCAAGACUGCUGACAUCUCUCAUAGCUACGACAAGCUUUUAGCUGGAUUUCACGCCUAUCAUGAGUCUGCUGAGGAAUCCAAGUCCGAAGUUGCCAUGGAUGCGUACAAGUUAGGCUACUUGGACUGCACAAAUGGACAUGAUCCCUUCUAUGCCAUUGGAGAUGAAGACAUCAAGGUGCUCUAUCCUGACUUGCCCAUUGUGCAAAGUGAGGAGGCUAAUGUUGUGAACACAGAAGGAGCUGAAGAGCAGGUGGCUGAAGAAGCGGUAGCCGAAGAGGAUGAAGCAAAAGAGGAUGCAGUUGAUGAUGUGGUGGCAGACAUCAUAGAUCAGACCUGCGGAGCUGCUGAGAGCGUGGUUGAUCAAGUGGAUGCUGAAGAGGCUGCAAAUUAG